CCAUUUAUCUCAGAAUGUGUCAUAGUUAAAUGACUUUGGGGAGGAGACAAUCUGAUUGCACAUUUAGUCCUCCAGAGAUCUUCAAAUGGAUCAAAAAAGCUUUAAGAAAAAAGAAAAAUCUGUUUCUAUGAUUUCAAGGAGAAGACGAACUGAAAGUGAUGUUACAGCUUUGUCUGGUAUGAUAGAGAAGUUUCGGAAAGUGAUUAAAAAAUUACCUCAUGAAGAUCUUCUCAAGGUCACCGAGUUCUACAAGCCCUACUUGGCCUAUAUCAUCGAAUACGACAUCACCAGCAUCCUGCAGAACUUGGUCACUAAGCACAUCCUUGCCAAUGAUGAGGCAAAGAAAAUUAAAGCAAAAGAGGAAUCUGAGGGGAUUGCAGGUGCGGAUUGCUUUAUCAGUGAUGUAAUGAAGAAAGACCAAAUUUUGUUAGUCAGCCUUUGGGAGUCACUGGCUGAAGAAUUUGUGAGAUUUCCUUCACCCAACUUGACGAGAAUACUGGAGGAGGUAACAGUGGGAGGAUCAGAUCUCCUGAAAGAGAUGCAGUUCUGUCUCCAAUCACCCAUACUUGAGGAUCAUAUUAAAGGCCUUCAUGAGAUUCAGAAAGCAACUAUAUUUGAAUUCACCAGAAAUCUGGAAGAGCAGUCUGCUCCAGGUGAUCCCCGCACGAGGGCUGUGAUCUUUGAAACUCGAUACACAGAGCUGAUGGUCAUUCAUCAGUACAAAAGAACUCCUAUUGAGACACAGCAUGAACUUCUGAAGACUGGGAUGACACAUGCAAAGCUAGUAGAGAAACAGGUAAAGGAGAAAUGUGAGCGAAUCUGGACUGAGCAACUUUUCAGAAGGAGUCCUGGAAGCGUCACUUCCCCCAAUAUUGUAGUCAUCAGUGGAGUGGCUGGAAUUGGAAAGACUACCAUGGUACAGAAGAUCAUGUUCGACUGGGCCAGAGGCACACAUUACAGGAAGUUUGCCUUUAUCUUCCUGUUUAAAUUCAGAGAGCUCAACUUCCUAGACAACACACCAGAGCCACAAAUGACUCUGACAAAGCUGAUAGUGAGGCAGUUCAAACAUCUUAAUAACCCAAGACUGACAGAAAUCCUGAAGAAGCCCAAGAAUCUCCUUUUUAUAUUUGAUGGGCUGGAUGAGUACAAGCACAAACUGGACUUCACACACACGCGCCUCUGUUCAAGCACAGAUGGCUUCUUUCCUGUCCAUAUCCUUGUCUCUAGCCUGGUUUGCCAGACAUUACUGAAGGGCUGUUCAGUCCUGAUCACAAGUAGACCAACAGCCUUAGAGGUCUUGGAUAUGGAAAGAGUUGAUCGAUUUCUAGAGGUCCUAGGGUUUUUCCCUGAACAAAGGCAAACAUACUUUAAGAAGUUCUUUGGUAACACUGAACUUAGUGAUGAGGCUUUUCAGUAUGUCAUGGAGAAUGACAUCCUCUACACCAUGUGCUACAACCCCUCCUACUGCUGGAUCAUGUGCUCUGUGCUCAAGAAGUACUUUACUCAACCCGAAGAUGAGCGAGGAGAAAUACCAAAAACUGUCACUGAGCUCUUUGUGAUGUUCCUUCACAACAUCCUAACAAAUCACAGGCGAGAAGCUGAGGAUGAGCGGGGGAUUCUGGUGAAACUGGGAAAGAUGGCAUUUUAUGGAGUUGACAACAGAACUCUUAUUUUUUAUGACAAGUAUGAGAUAUUCUCCUUUGGUCUCCGGUCUGUCCUGUCCUCUCCAUUUCUCUCCGGAUUUCUGAAAGACAUUUUGCAAAGAGAAAAUUCUGUAAAGAACACAGCAUACACAUUUUUCCACCUCACCCUGCAGGAGUUUAUAGCUGCCUGCUCCUUCUACCUUGAUCCAUCAAGUGACGUUGAGGGGGUCCUUGCAAAACUGAGCUCCUGUGAAGAUGGCCGGUUUGAGAUUUUCACUCAGUUCUUAACUGGACUGGCCAGACCUACUGUGUUUAAAACACUGGGGCCAAUUCUUGGUGAGUUUGAGAGGAAAACAGCAGUGCGGAUCCUAGAGUGGGUGAAGAAGAGAGCUGAACGGUUUCUAGGGAGCCAUAAUAAAAAUGAAGCUCUGCGAGUGUGUCAAUGGCUCUUUGAGACUAACAAUAAUAAAUUAAUCAGAGAUGUCAUUGGGAAAGAUUUAAAGUUGAACUUUUCUGAUGCAAAUUUAUCACCCCUGAACUGUAGUGUGCUGGGCUCUGUUAUCAAAUGCUGUGAAGAACUUCAAGAACUUAACCUGUCAGACACCAUGCUUUCCCCAGAAUGCAUCAAGAGACUGGUACCAGCUUUCAGCUGCUGUAAACAUGUUAUGCUGUGGUCAUCUGGUCUCACCUCUCGAUGUUGUGAUACUCUGGCCUUGGCUCUCUCUGUUGAACACUCACGUCUGAAUGAGCUGAGACUUGGCAAAAAUAAUCUCGAUAACAUGGGAGUUUUUCUACUCUGUGAAGGCCUGAAGAGUUCACACUGUAAAUUACAAACACUGAGGUUGGUUUCAUGUGGUCUCACCUCCGGAUGCUGUGCAGCUCUCUCCUCGGGUUUAUCUGUCGAACAUUCAUCCCUAACUGAAUUGGAGGUCGGAGACAACAAACUGGAAGAUUUAGGAGUAAGUUUGCUGUGUCAGGGGCUGAAGAAUCCAAACUGUAAAUUAAAGAAAUUAUGGAUACGAGCAUGUGGUCUCACCUCUGGAUGUUGUGAGGCUCUCUCCUUAGUUCUUUCCAGUAAACACUCAAGUUUAGUUGAGGUGGACUUGAGCAACAAUAACCUGGAAGAUUCAGGAGUACACCAGCUGUGUGAGGGGCUAAGGAACCCAAACUGUAAAUUAGAGACGCUGUGGUUGUGGUCUUGUGGUCUCACUUCUGGAUGUUGUGAGGUUCUCUCAUUAGCUCUUUCUGCUGAACACUCACGCCUAACUGAGCUGGAUUUGAGGAAAAAUAUACUGAAGGAUUUAGGAGUGCAGUCUCUUUGUAAAGGACUAAGAAGCCCAAACUGCAAAUUAGAGAAACUGAGGCUGACGUCAUGCGGUCUCACGUCUGAAUGUUGUGAGGACCUUUCUGAGGCUUUUUCUGAAGAAUGCUCACGCCUGACUGAGGUGGGCUUGGCUGGAAAUCAACUGGAUGAUUCAGGAUUCACUCGGCUUUGGAAGGGGCUGAAAAAUGCAAAUAGUACAUUGAAAAGGCUGAGGUCAGAAUAUUUUCUGGGUUAUAUUUUUUAUAAGUAUUUAGACAUCUACAUGUUUUGA